UCAUUGAGCUGGCGCUGGCGGGAGUGGCGCAGGUGGCCAUAUGUUAUCUGGUGUGGAAAGGUUGGCAGACGAUGAAUUCGUCUCAGUCCAGUACAAAGCCAGUGCACUUGCCUGAGUUUAUUCUCAAACGGUUAGAGGCCAAGAACGAAGGUCUCAACGAGCGCGAGAUGAUCAUAGCCGGUGAAAUCGUCAACCCAGAUACACUCACAGUCGAGUGGAAGGAUAUAGGUGGCCUGGAUGAGCAGAUUCGUGACUUACAAGAGGCGGUAUGA